GUUGAAGUAAUCGGUGGUGUUCGUUAGUGAAUUAAAUAAUAAUAAAAAAAAUAAAUAAAAACAAUAAAAACUCAUCAAAGAAAAUAAUUUUGUGGUUCAUUAGGUUUAAAAUAAAAUGAAUUAAAUCUCGAUGGAUCCCCAAACAGCACUCGUACUAACAAUCCAGUUGCUGGCCUUAUUCUCGAUCGCUGGUGCCUUAUUGCUCUACCUGCUAUGCAAGGUAAAGGGAACUCGCGUGACUUCGAUGGGUCCCCAACUCGGCUCCAUUCUCAUCACGAGUGCCGAUAGCGCUCUCGGCUUGCAACUUUGUACUUUCCUCGCGGGUCGUGGAUUGCGCGUUUUUGCCGGCUUAAAGGAUCCCCAUGACUCGUUGCCCGCAAAACUUCUCAAACGUUGGGUCAAAGAACGCGAAAGCUCGACAUCGGAGGAAAAACUCCCCGGAACAAUUGUCCCCAUGAAGAUCGAUGUGACACGCGAAGACAUCAUGCGAGAAGCUGCUGAAUCGAUGGGAGCUUAUAUGAGUGCUAAUGAACGCGGAAUUCUUGCGGUAAUCAAUAAUGCUGGUUCCGUGCACAAAGGACGGAUUGACUUGCAGGACAGCGCUCAAUGGGAAAAUAUGUUCAAAAAUAACGUCAUGGGAUGCUUGAGAACGGCACGUGCUUUCAUUGGAUUGUUGAGACCGACGAGAGGUCGUUUGAUAUUUUUGGGAUCCGGAAGCGUUGGAGAUGGAUUAACAGCAUUUGCAGCAUCACGUAACGCUGUUGAAGGAUGCGCUGAUGCACUGCGCGAAGAACUUAAGCCAUAUGGGGUCAGUGUUGUCACAUUAGAUACGCAUGGAUUGUCUGCGGAGUCUUUGUUCAGGGCACCAAUUCCACAAAGCCAAAACAUCAGCGACAACAUGCCAACGCAGUAUUCUGCCCAAAUUUUGACCACUGGCCAGUUAAACACCAUUGAAAAAGCAUUAUGGGAUGCCCGUCCACACAAGACUUACACUCUCUCAGUGCCAAAUACAAAAUUCCAACUGAAUUUGCCAUGCCGCAACUCAUUUAGAUUCACCAAGCAAGAGGACACAGUUCGACAAACCAUGCAAACUGUAUAAAUAUCUUUACAUUUCUUUCGUAUUAAUUUAAUAAUUUUAAGUGUAUUCAGUCAAAAUUCACACUUUUUUCGAGAAAAAAUUUUGUCUGUUAGUUUUAGUGCAAAAAAAGAAAGAGAAAGGUUCAGCCUUUUGAAUAAAUUUCGUAUAAAUAAAUUAAUUUUUUUUUUAAUUUUUGCAACGACGUCAUGCAACAAAGUUGCAAACAUUCAAAAAAAUAAACGGUAAAAAAUGUUGGAAAAAAUUUUAUUCCAUGAAAUUUUCACUACUCAU